CUCGGCUCCCGGGGGCGGAGUCGAGUCACCUCGCUCUUGGCGCUGCCCCACGCAGGCCGGGCCUGAGGCCGACGCGGUGCCUGGUCGCAGGAAGGAGCCCGAGCGCCGCAGCGGGUUGAAAUGCCGAUGAAGAUCCUAGUAUGCAGUAUAUGUCACAAUGAAGAGCCGGAUACCUCUUGUUCUCCUUGCCUGUGGCUCCUUUAACCCCAUCACAAACAUGCAUAUGCGUUUAUUUGAGCUGGCUAGAGAUCACCUUCAUCAAACAGGAAGGUAUCAGGUGAUUGAAGGUAUCAUUUCGCCAGUCAGUGAUAACUAUGGUAAGAAAGGCUUGGUUUCAGCAAGGCACCGGAUAGCAAUGGCUCAACGUGCUCUGGAGACAUCAGACUGGAUUAGAGUAGAUCCAUGGGAGAGUGAACAGGAGAAGUGGACCGAGACGGUAAAGGUGCUGAGGCACCAUUAUAAUGACUUGCUCAGCUCGCUCCAGUUCAGGAAGGAACUCACAAGAAACAGUUGGCCCAUAGAAAGAGCUACUGAGGAUUUCUUUUCUUCAUUGGACCCAGUUUCCCCAGAGUUAAAGCUGCUUUGUGGAGCUGACAUUCUGAAGACAUUUAGUACACCUAAUCUCUGGAAGGAGGAGCAUAUUAAAGAAAUAGUAGAAAAGUUUGGUUUGGUUUGUAUUAGCCGUGCUGGCUCUGACCCUGUUCAGUACAUCAGUGAAUCUAAUCUUCUGACUCGAUUCCAGCACAAUAUCCACUUGGUCACAGAAUGGAUUCAGAAUGAAAUCAGUGCUACACAUGUACGACAUGCCUUACGCAAAGGACUAAGUGUGAAGUAUCUCAUUCCAGAUUCUGUCAUUUCCUAUAUUAAACACAAUCAUAUUUACACAGAAGAGAGUGAGAGGGUUUAACUUCAACUUCAGAUACUACACAACACAGUGAUAAACACAUUAAGUGACUGAUGUCUGUAUUCCAACAACUGGGAAGAAGACAACGGCAUUUACUUUUGGAAAAUCCCUGUAAAAUUCGCAAUCUUUGUGUAUGGAAGAAAGUGAAGUAUGUAGUAGGGAGCUGCAGUCAGCCGUGCUUCUGAAAGUUUGUAGUAUAAUUCAGCAAAGUUUUUAUGUUACUGACUUUGUACUGAACUCCUAGUUUCCUAAGCUGUUAGGUGCAAAGGGCUAUUAGUUUUAAGAUCUCCAUGAAGCAUUAAUUAAAGAACAAUCUAAUAGCUGACUUCUUACACUUCUUCUGUUUUAAACACAAAUAUUAAAAUGUUUAAUAAAUGUAGAAGUAUUCUUGUGGUGAUCUAAAUAAGAUCAGUGGCUUUCUUGAAUUAUAAUCUUCUAAUACCAGAAACUGUUUCAGUUUGAAAGUGUCUUGGCAAUUUGCAGGCAGUGAGAAUAAAAUUAUAUCAUAUUUCUUUCUAAGGAAUAUUUUCAAUAAACUGCAAAAAUGUAUAGUUAUUGCCACAUUUUUACCUUAUACAAACCUGACACACAAAUGAAUGCACUGUAUGAUUUCAUACAGUUCAGUUUUGUGUGUAUAUAUAUUAGUAAGUCAGAAAUAAAGCCAUCAUUCAGGAAAGCACUUAUGCGUAUCCCGUUAAUUUCAACUCAUAAUGAGAAGUUUAAAGAGGGUUCUUUUCUUCCCUCCUGAGCCCAGUAUAUGCUAGUCCAGCAUAAUCUAGAGCAGCUGGCUGUCAAAAAUCUGAAGCUGUUGAUAUGGCAGCCCAGCUACAAGGGAGCCCCAGCCAUACCCCCUAUGUCAACAUCAAGCAGCACUGGAGAUUCUCCACUGUCUCUCUCUGCAUUCAGGUGAGAAUAUCUAAAACACUGGAUUCUACUGUUCUUGUUUUUUUCCUUCCUGCAGGAAUAGCCCAUAGAGAUGUCUCUGCACUUUGGAAGCCUAGUAAUGCCAACCAAUGUUUUGAAACAUUUUGUUAAUAAUUUAUGGGAAGUGGUGAAAUUUAUCUGCCGCUUUCCCUCAAGUAAUCUUUGAGUUUUCCCAACUCAGCAGUUUGUAGAUGUCCUGUAUAAAAUCAUACAAAUUCAAUACAAUGAUUGUUCACAGUGCAUGCUCUUCUAGUGUCAUGGGAUUCUUUUUAACAAUGAGAUUGUGUAUUGCAUUGGCUUUCAUAGACCACACAUGCUGCAUUCUAUUUUGCGUGUAAUCCUUAGGAGUUUGCAAUAAAAGAGGAUAUUUUCCAAAAAUCUAUUUU